AUGUCGAAUGCCAGGCAUGGUCAAAAGCGUGGGGGAAUUGCAGCACUGCGCGAAGCCUCCGCCCAUCAAUCUAUAGGCGCUACAUCAUCAUCAUCAUACAACUGUGAAUUUCCUCCCACAGCCGACCAUUUUUCAAGUCCUGUCGAUGCUAGCCCUCCUACCGACCUCGAUCUAGCGGCAUCGCAAUCACAUGUGAGAGAUUUUGCCCGACAAACGUCCAGCUCCAACACCGCCGGCAAUCUGGAUCUCGCUGGCUCUGACGGCGUCGCUCAUGACGAGCUACUGCGCAAUGCGGUCUUUCCUGAAUGGGGAGACGAUGCUGGCGCUGACGACGCCGAGUCUCCAACGGAGCUGCAGAAGAAGGAUCCUUUGGGCACGCAGAUAUGGAAGCUCUACAGCCGCACCAAGACGAGACUGCCCAACCAGGAGCGAAUGGAGAACUUGACGUGGAGGAUGAUGGCUAUGAACUUGCGCCGGCGGCAAGAACAACAAGCUGCGAUGCUCAAACAGUCCGACGGAAAUGCGGCACAGAACCAGGCCGAUGAACAGGUCUCGAAAUCAUCAGCAAUUUCACAAAGGCCGGGUCCGAGUGGUAUCGCACAGCUAAGAAAGUCCAGUGAAGCGAAUAUCGAAGGAAGCCCUUCUGAUCCUAUGAACUUGGACGACUUCAUUGUACCCACCUCGGUUGCCUCUCCGGCAGGCUUACCAACGCCCUCGUCGAGCGACAACGCCCCCUCAGCUGGGUCCAGCACCCGUCAUGGACAUGCCAUUGCCAUUAAUACAAAGCAGAAAGCUAAUGCACAGCCAUCGAACCUGCCUGCUGCAUCUGUGCCGAAAGGCGCCGCUCCGAAUGUUGGAUUUGAAGGAGUUCCUAAGCGUGUGAGGAAGACCAGUAUCGACGAUCGUCGAAGCGGCAGAAAACGGCCAGCGGAUUUCUCGCCACAGGUGCCUCCUCUGGUUGUUCCCAGCGCCGAGCAUCGGGGUGUGAACAAUGGAGUACCCGACUAUAGCCUCAACGAUGUGAACUCGUCCAUCUACCCGCAGCAGAAUGGUAUGAAUUCGCAAAUGCCGUUACACCUGGACUACUCUAGCAUGAAUGACGACCCCAUCCUGACCUCCGCCGGCCCAUUCCAACAAAACUUUACCUUCUCGCCUGCCGCAUCUCCAAUGGUCACACAUGGCCCCUUUUCGGCGGUGUAUCACCAGAACUCGGUUCCUUCUUCGCUGAAUUCCGCUGGCGGAUUCUAUUCUCCUCCUCAAUCUGGCUAUCCGUCUGUCGCUUCCACACCGCAACCUGGUGGCGAACACGAUGGCCAAUUCUACUUCGAACAAAGUGCUGGAGACUAUCGGAGCAACAGGAACGUCCAACCGUUUAAUGCCCUUCGAUCGAAUCACAUGAUGGCUCCACUCGGCUCUCAGUACGGUUACGGACCUAACGGUGAGCCGAUGUUCGCCUCGAUGAAUCAAGUCGGCUCAGCUCCUACUAUGAGCGGCUACAUGAUGCAACAGCAACAUAUUGAUCCCACCCGUGUUCUUGGCGUUUCGCCUGCCACGUUGGCUGGCAAUGACAACAUGUUCCAAUUUGGUGCCGAUUCUGAUGGAGAAGAUGACGAAAGCAGCUUCGCCGACCGUAACAUGAUGUUGCACGAAGAUUUUGGUCCCGGCGGCGACCCCACACUGGAUUUGAAUUCUGGCCUUCAAUGGGACCCGAAUAUGGGUGAAUAUGGCUCUGCGCCACGUAAGCAUGUCCGAAUUGCGGGGACAGAGAUGGUCGAUUCGCCAGAUUGGAGUGGAAGCAUGCUCAGCCGUACUUAUGGUUCUGCAGCCUCCAUCAGCGACAUCCGAGAUCGAAACAUGGAUCCAAGAAGGCAGACCAAACUACCAAGGACUACAUCAACUCCUGCGUUAGCUGGCCAUCCUCACGAAUCCAACAUUACCUCGCCGCCCGAAUCCGGCUUCAGCAGUAGGGCCCCAUCUCGACCUGGCAGCCCAGGGCCAAAGAAUACCGACGCCAAUGGUGCACCAACAACGUGCACCAAUUGUUUUACACAGACGACUCCUCUGUGGCGGCGCAAUCCUGAGGGACAGCCAUUAUGCAACGCGUGCGGUCUUUUCUUGAAGCUGCACGGUGUCGUUCGACCCCUUUCGCUCAAGACGGACGUUAUCAAGAAGAGAAAUCGCGGCAGUGGAAACAGCGUGCCUGUGGGCUCUGCUGCAACUCGUUCGAAGAAGGCUGCUUCCCGCAAGAAUUCAGUGCAGCAGACACCGGCCACGACACCUGCUUCAGGGAUUGCCACGAGCGAUCAGAACUCUGCAUCACCUAGUUCGCAGCAGGGGUCAGGAUAUUCUGGCUCUGCAGUAACGACACCCACUAGCCUCACAGGCACUACAGGCGGGAAACCAGGUGUUGUGCCAAUAGCUGCUGCACCGCCGAAGCCUCCAGUACAAGGCAUUAGCCAGUCUCGGCCGGUUCAAGUCGCACCUAAGAGACAGAGACGGCAAUCGCGGGCAUCGACGACGGUACUGCCUUCGCUAGGUGGCAGCACCCCAGCUUCAGCGGAUGGAGAUUCGCCGGAUUCUUCGAAAUCGAGUGGGCCUUCAGCUGCACGGACUACGCCCGGUAGCUUGUCCCAUACACCCAGUGUAACGACAAUGGCAUCUGUGAUGCAACAACAGCAGCAGCAGCAGCAGCAACAACAACAGGGUAUUGCCGGCCCUGGCUCCAUUGGUCCUGGAGGUCCCGGUGGACCGCGAGGCAAUAGCCAGGAAUGGGAGUGGCUGACGAUGAGUUUGUGA